AUGCCUACUGACCCUAUUGAAUAUUUGCAGGGUAAUAAGGAUGGUGAUAAAGUUACAGUCUCCGAGAAAAUCCUGUAUGACGAGUAUGGUGAAGAUGUUAAAUAUGCGGGAAUCACAAUAGCCGAAGGUGGACAGUUGGUAUUUAAGUAUAACAAAACGCUUCUCCUCCAGAGCAAAUACAUCCUCAUAGAGAAAGGUGGCCGUAUGGAUAUCGGAAAUGAAAACUGUCGGUAUACCGGUAAUCUGACCAUCCGGCUUCUUGACGCAAUAUACGGCUGGGCUAGAGAGAACUUCUCUGUAGCUCGAUCCAUUGGUCGUGAUACUGCUAAGCCAGUGGUCCUCAAUUCGAAUACUAGCGCAGCACGAGUGAAAGGUCAGAGAAAUCCAGGUUACAAUGUUGCAAAAGACGAUUUUGGUGAUAAGUUCAUAGGUGUAUCUAGUGGAGGUGGACUGAAUAUAUAUGGUAAAAAGAAAAUGUCAUCAACUAAACUGAAGGAAACAAUACACAAGAUGCCAAAGGCAGAAUAUUCAAAAGAGGUAACACAAGAAGAAAAUUUGCAAGGCUUUAUCCUGUACCAAUUUGAUUUAACAUUGGACAAAUUUACUGAUCAAAAUGUAAAGGAAGAGGCGUUCAAAUUCAAUCAACGAAAGGAGAAAAGCUUUGAUGAUGAAGUUAACAGAUUCGAAAAAUACUUAACUGACAUUCCUGAUAAAUUCGUCGUCACUGGUGUGUUGCGGAAGUCAUUUGUCGCAAGAGACCCUGAAAAGAGAGUACCACAAAAUUGGCUUCAGAAAGUAUUCGACGUAUUUGAUAAAUUUCUAGGUAAAAAGGACGGAGAAAAAUCUGAUUUCAGCAAACUGCUUUUUUACGACAGCUAUGCUUUCAUAAUACAGAAAGGUGAUCCAGGAAGUUUCCAAGAAUCAGCAAUAAGUUAUACAGGAACUGACUUCUUUACUGUAAAUGCAGUUGCAAAGUAUUUCGGGAAAUACAGUUUUCGCGCCCUGAGUUCUAACAGAAAAAAGAACCACAACCGAUCCUAUUCAAAAGUUCAGGUGGUACUUCGCGAAAAUUCACAUUUAACACUUGAGCUUGCCGACGACACUAACUGGCAAAAAGACGACCGAAUAGUAAUUACAUCACCUUCGAUGAAACCAGAUGAUUAUGAGUUUGCCACAGUCUUGGACAAUUUGGGUGGAAAUCGUAUCAAUAUCGACUUAGCCGCCGAGCACGAACAUUUGUGUAAAACUUACAAGGGUGUUCCUAUGUGCGCCGAGGUUGCACUCAUCACCCGUAAUGUCAAAAUCGAAGGGGAAUCAUCUGGUGAGGAUAAUUAUGGCGGACAUAUCAAGUGUGUUGAGGGCUUCACAAGCUGUAACUUUCACGACUUUGAACUAAAUCUGAUGGGCCAACAAAAAGUUUUGGGUCGUUAUCCGAUCCAUUUUCACUUGGCAGGGAAUGUAGAAGGGAAAGCUAAAGUGGAAUCAUUAUCUAUCCACGACACGUACGCCCGAUGUGUCACCAUCCAUCGCACUAGUAGCUUGACUGUGAAGGACACUGCGUGUUUAUUUCCUAUGGGUCAUGGUAUCUUCUUUGAGGAUGGCCUGGAAACCGACAUCACUGUUACGAACAACCUAGUCUUAGGCCCGAAAAAACCGAAUGUUAACAAGAAUGAACUCCUUGUUCCGUCAGACAAUAAGCCAUGUGGAGUUUUAGUUACCCAUCCAAGGAAUUCAUUUGUAGACAACACCGUAGUGGGAUCUCACUAUGGAUUUUGUUUCGCAUUUCCGGAAUUACCAACUGGUCCAAAAAUCCCACAAAAGAUCUUGGAGAAGGGAGAAGCUCGCAGAACCAAAGUCGCACUGUUCAAGGGGAAUACAAUUUACAAUAACUAUGGGGGAUUAACAUGUGCGUUGGAAAUGAACUAUACAAAACCUGACGAAGGAAAAGAAGAGACAUUUUUCGCUUCUGUCAAACUUGAGGAUGAUGUAAAUUCUGUUUGCACACGAAAAGAUGCAAUUGGAGACUACUUUGAUGGAUUACGAAUUGGUGAUAAUAUGAAGGAGGACCUGACAAUCACGCCAAUGGGUGAAUAUCACCCACGUAUCCAACCCAAAAACAGCACAUCUGAUCUAGACUUACUCGAGCUCAGCUGCUUAACUGUAUAUGGCAAUGGAGGAGUGGGUAUCGUUGUAAAGGCGGGAAAAGUUUUAAUGAAGCAUAUUAAAGGAGAAGGAAAACCGACUAUGCCGCGUUACACACAAAGAAUAGAGCAAUCCAUCAUUCUUGGUAAUCGUGAAUCAAAUAAAAAGGAGGAUUCAGAUGACACCGAUCCUAGCUAUGGGCUGCAGUUUGCCGGACCUGUACAUGUGAUCAAGGUAUAUUUCGAUGACUUCUACCCAUCCACCGUGCACCGCUCUGGCGCAAUCGCUUUUGCAGGAAAGAACAAAGAUCCAGUUGCAAGCAAUUAUUUCGGCGAAGACGUCUAUUUCGGUUUUAAAGACCCCGUUGAAGGAAAUCGAGUGUUAAGUGCUAAUACUACGAACGACCAAACAGGGAAUAUUGUGGAAUCAUUUGUCGAUGAAAAAUAUGUCACGGGUUCAAAAGCAACUGUUCUCAGAAACACGGCAUUUCAGGUUACAGGAAAUUGCGAAAGGAGAACAAAAUGGAAAGAGUAUGCCAUCUGUCACGAAAGUUAUGCAAUGGUGUCACUGAACGUGGAUGCAACCGUGGUUAGAUUCGAUUAUAAAGGUGAAGAAGUGGAACUUGACAAGGCCCAGUCUCUAAAAAAUACUCCAUUUAACGUCAUCGUCAACAAUCCGAACUACCACUAUUUUGUUCGUCAUGAUGAUCAUGAUAAAUGGUUCACGCUUAGAACUUCAGAACCCAAUAAAGGUAAGAAAUUUGUCAUCGGCGUGUGUAUUAAAACAAAUGCCAUUCUGAAGAUUAAAAACAGCGAAGAUGUCUCGUUACCUCAAGCACAGACAUACAAUGAACUACUCGAAAGUGCGGAGAACAAAUAUUACCAUGAUAAAAAUAAAGGGAUUGUCCUUGUGAAAGUUGUCGGGCAGAAUGUGGAUGAUAACAAGAAAUAUUGCACAGACAAGAAUGAAAUUUGCCGUGAAAUUAAAAUCAAGGCUUCGGGCUCCACAAACCCAAACAGUGAUUGUUUCGAAGCAGUAAGGGAGAAUUAUCUUCCUCCCAAACCACAGGCCUCGAUCAUGAGUAGAGCAAAGACGAGGUUAUUGGACUUGAUUCAGCUGCUGGUUGACAGAGAAUCAAACAAUUCUGAUGACAGUGUUUUGAAAAAGCGGAGACGGAAGAGAAGUGUUCCUGUUCCUGUAAAUGACGAGGAGCUCCUAAAAUACAGUGGUGUAAUACCAAACGUAAGGAAUAUGUCGACUACUCUGAAUGGCUUAAAUGUGAUGCGUAAAGAAAGAAAUGAAUGUUCUAAACAACAAUCCAGAAUCCCUCCUAAACGACUGACCAAGAACCUUCCCAGUGGACUCUUCCAAAGAACAGCUAAUGCCGUUAAAGAUAUCUUAUUCCCUACAUGA